AUGUAUAGAUCAAUUAAACAGAUUAGAGUUGAUUUACUUGGAGGUAAAUUGACGACAAGAGAAUUGAUUGAUGGUUGCGUCAAGAGAAUCGAGGGAUUCAAGAAAUCGACCAAUGCAUUUGUGUCGGUGCAGUCGUCGAGCGAGUUGGAUAGGUUGGUGGAGGAGAGCGACCGUCGUAUAAAAGGUGGUGAUGCACGUCCGUUGGAGGGUGUGCCCAUCGCGGUGAAGGAUAAUUACUCGACCGAUGGGUUGCGCACGACAGCCGGCUCAAAGAUGCUGUCCAACUAUACACCGUCGUUUGACGCGACUGUUGUGGCACGGUUGAAACAUGCUGGUGCCAUUAUCAUUGGUAAAACAAAUAUGGAUGAAUUCUCGAUGGGCAGCAGCUCGACGAAUAGCAUCCACGGCUCUGUAGUCAACCCUUGGAGCAUUGGAAAGACGGAUCAAUAUGUUGCGGGUGGUAGUAGUGGUGGUAGUGCGGCUGCUGUUGCCGCUGGGAUGUGCGCAGCGGCCAUUGGCAGUGACACGGGUGGUUCGGUGAGACAGCCGGCCAGCUACUGCGGUGUCGUCGGGUACAAACCCUCGUAUGGCACCGUCUCGCGGUACGGUCUCAUCAGCUACGCCAGUUCGCUUGACACCCCGGGUGUGUUGGCCAACUCGCUCGACGACGCUGCUGCAGUCGCCGACAUUAUCAUGGGACGCGACGAGCUCGACUCGACCUCGCUCUCUACCUACCCGCCUGCCCGCUACGUCACGAGCAACACAAAAAACUUUCUCCAAAAGAGUGUUGCGUCAAACAAGAUUGGACGUCCACUCGUAUUUGGCAUCCCCACCGACUUUAUCGUCAAAGAGAUGGACGAUGAAAUCUUCCAACUCUGGCGAAACGUCGCCCGCGAAAUUGAAGAGAGUGGCGUCGGAUGUGUCGUCCCCAUCAGUCUCACACACAACCGAUUCGCGCUCCCAUCCUACUACAUUUUAGCAACCUCUGAAGCAAGCUCUAACCUAGCUCGUUAUGAUGGUGUUCGUUAUGGUUUCAAUGUUAAAGGUCAAGAUCAAGGAGAAGAUGGGGAAAACAAUCAAUCCAACUCAUUGGACAUUAAAACAUUAAGAGAAUUAUAUAGAGAAAAUAGAUCGAUUGGAUUUAGUGAUGAAGUUAAACGAAGAAUAUUAUUGGGUACAAUGGCACUGUCAAGAGGAUCACGUGACAAUUACUAUAAAAAGGCACAGCAGAUUAGAAGACUUAUUUCAGACGACUACUCACACGCAUUCAACGUUCAAAAUGUGGAUGUUGUACUUACACCCACUGCACCCUCUCCAGCAUUUAAGUUGGAUUCCAAGAUGGAUCCAAUCGAGAUGUAUCUCAACGACGUCAUGACCAUUCCAGCAAACCUUGCCGGUCUACCCUCCAUAUCCAUUCCACUCCAAGUAUCACCAACCAAACAACUCCCACUCUCCCUUCAACUCACAGGUCAACGUCUCAACGACCACACUCUUCUUCAAGCAGCUUCACUUGUACUCAAUCAUCUACCAUCAAACUAUUCACAAAAUUAUUCAACCGAAUUUGAAAAUCAACCAUUUUAUAAAUCAUAA